AUGGCCUCAGAGGAGGAAGACUCGGCGGCCUCUGUGGCGGGCCUUGUGGUCUUGGAGCCGGAGGACCCUGAGGAUGUGGAGGGGGACCUCGCGGUGCUGGACCCCUUGGAAGCGGCCCCAGAGGCACGUAUAAGGGGGGACCUUCCGGAAUCUCGUCUGGUGGCCCUUGAGGUUGGUCAGGCGGCAGCCUCACCGGCUCCUGUAGAUCAUCAGUGGGUGGAAGCGGACGCUCAUCCUGAGAGGUUACCUGGUCCGCUGCUGGACGUAUUCCAGCACGUGCCCCGUUCCAGGUGUACCGAGAGCUGUCGGCCUGGAAACGCCAAGGUGGCUCAGGAAGGGAAGCCAUUUUGCUGCUACGACUGUCUUCCGUGCCCGGAAGGGACCAUCUCCACACAGGAAGAUGCAGCACAAUGCACCCGCUGUCCAGAAAAUCAGUAUCCAAACACAAAUCAAACUGAAUGUGUCCCCAAGGUGACAACUUUCCUGACCUACAAAGAACCACUCGGGGUCAUCCUGGCUUUCUUUUCUUUGUUCCUGUCCUUAAUCACUGGCUUUGUGUUAGGCCUGUUGAUUAAAUUCCUGGACACUCCCAUAGUCAAAGCCAACAACCGGGACCUCACCUAUGUUCUCCUGGUCUCCCUCCUGCUUUCCUUUCUCUCCUCCUUUCUAUUUAUUGGCCAGCCAGGGAAGGUGACCUGCCUUCUCCGACAAACCACCUUCGGCAUCAUCUUCUCCAUUGCCGUCUCUUCUGUGCUGGCCAAAACCAUCACUGUAGUGGUGGCCUUCAUGGCCACCAAGCCAGGCAACAGGAUGAGGCAAUGGCUGGGAAAGAGUCUGGCCAACUCCAUUGUCAUUUCCUGUUCCGCUGUUCAAGUUGGCCUCUGCCUCAUCUGGCUGGGAUUCUCUCCCCCCUUCCCAGAGUCCGACAUGCACUCCCAGCCUGGAUACAUCACCCUGCAAUGCAACGAGGGCUCUGUCGCCAUGUUUUAUAUUGCCCUGGGCUACCUGGGCUUCCUGGCUGCCGUCUCCUUCACGGUGGCUUUCCUGGCCAGGAAGCUGCCCGGGGCCUUCAACGAGGCCAAGCUCAUCACCUUCAGCAUGCUGGUCUUCUGCAGCGUCUGGGUGUCCUUCGUGCCCUCCUACCUGAGCACGAAGGGGAAGUACAUGGUGGCCGUGCAGGUCUUCUCCAUCCUGGCCUCCAGUGCUGGCUUGCUGGGCUGCCUCUUCCUUCCCAAAUGCUACGUUAUUGUACUGAGGCCUGAUCUUAAUACCAAGGAACACCUAAUGACAAAAUGA